AUGUUGACAAGUGGAUUAUUCUUAGCUGGUCUACUCUUCGUUGUGAUGAUCCAGACGUCCCAGGCGGCAUCCGAAUGGAACCAGGAAACCCGAGACCUCAUUGUGAAGAUUCAUAAUGACCGGAGGAGGCAAGAGGGCGGGUGUCAUAUCAACAAACUGGAAUAUGAUGAGGAUCUGGAGAAACAAGCUCGUUCCUGGGCGGAGAGAUGUGUCUUCAAACAUGAAAUGAAAGAAGGGAGAGGAGAAAAUCUGGCUUGGAAUUCUAACAAAUUGAGCGAGGAGGAACUAAUCAAACAUGCCGCCGACGCCUGGUUUAACGAAAAAGACAGGUACAGCUAUGGACAGUACAGUUGUGGCAACAGCGCGGCGUGUCAUUAUUCACAGAUGGUGUGGGGAACAACAAACAAGAUUGGCUGCUACAGUACCAGAUGUGGUCAGCUGUCCGGAGCUGCCCCCAAUGCCUGGUACCUGGUCUGUUUCUACACUCCCAAAGGAAACUGGAACGGCGAGAAACCGUACGAGAAAGGCUGUUCCUCUCCAUGCCUUGAAGGCCAAACUGUAGACAACGGACUGUGUGUUGGAGAAUCCACAGAGGAGAAGAACAACAAGACAAACGAAGCAAAAUGCGACGAUAAAGUUGGAAGCUGUGGCGUCUGGGCCAGUAAUGGAGAGUGUCAGAACAACCCCGCCUACAUGGCGACCCACUGCCGGAAGUCUUGUAAGAUUUGUGAAAGCGAAGUGACUUGCGAAGAUCUGAAUUCCAAUUGUCCUGAGUGGAAGAGAAAUGGCCAGUGUCGGGCUAACCCAACAUAUAUGAAACACAACUGCAAGAAAACCUGUGGAGAAUGCUAA